AUGGGUAAAAAGAAAGAUAAGAAUAAAGUCAGCGGUGCCGUUAAAACUGCUGCUAAAACAGAGAAAAAAUUAGCAAACAAACUCAAAAAGGAACUUGCUAAUUUAGGAGAGGAAGAUAUAGCAAAAGUAAUUGCUCAGAUAGAAAAAGAGGAGGCUAAACGUGCUGCGGCAUCAGAAAAAACUUUAACUAAACCGCCUACUUCAAGAGCUUAUGCUACUCUUACACCACACCCUACAAAUAAUGAACUUAUCAUGUUUGGUGGAGAGUUUCAUAAUGGACAACAAACUGAAGUUUAUAAUGAACUUUUAUUCUUUAACCCUGUCAAUGGCUCUUGGAGGCAAGUAAAAGCCCCAGGAGCUCCACCCCCCAGAAGUGCACAUCAAGCUAUAGCUACACCUGCUAAUAAAGGUGAGCUAUGGGUGUUUGGUGGUGAAUUCACAAGUCCCACAGAAACUCAAUUCCAUCAUUAUAAGGACUUGUGGUGUUUUUCCCUUGCAGAAAAGAAAUGGGAGAAAGUGGUAGCACCUAAUGGUCCAUCUCCCAGAUCAGGUCACCGUAUGGUUUUACUUGGGCGUAAGCUGUUCGUCUUUGGUGGUUAUUGUGAUGACGGACGAGAGUGUAGAUACUUUGAUGAUCUUUACACAUUCUGUUUGGACACAAGGCAGUGGGACAAAUUGGUUGUGAGCGGGAGAGGGCCUUGUGCGAGGUCUGCAUGCGUUAUGCUACCUGCUGGGAAUGAUUCACUGGUCAUAUACGGAGGAUUCUCAAGGGUCCGGGACGGGAGAACAGAGAGGACACAAACGCAUACAGAUAUGUUCAAGUUGAGUUUGAAAGGCGCGAGUUGGUCGUGGCGCCCUCUGUCGGGGGGCAGCAGCGCGCGCGCCGGCCUCGCCGCUGCGGUGAACGUGCAUAGCAACAGGGGUUAUAUAUAUGGGGGUGUUUGUGAUGUAGAAGAAACAGAAGAAGAACUGAAAGGGGAGAUGAGUGAUGAGCUCCAAGUGCUAGACCUGGAGACGUGUCGCCUGCACCCAGUGCUGCUGCGGGCCCAGACUCAGACCGUACCCUCCACUCAGGGAGAGACUGCGUCUGCACAGCCAGACCCGAAGGAUGAAAAGGCAGAGACUGUGACAGUGGUAACAGACGAAGUAUUCACAAUGAAGCUGGGCACAGCACAAGCUCCAGUUCUAGAAACUUCUCUAACAAUCGCCCCUCGUGUAGAACAUUCUGGGCCUAGCGCAAGGAUGUCGGCCAUGAUGGCUGUGCAGCGGUCGGUUCUGUACCUGUAUGGCGGAGUUUUGGAGAAGGAUGACAAACAGUUUUAUUUAGGAGAUAUGUAUAGCUUGGAUUUACACAAAUUAAACGAAUGGAAGACAAUAAUAGAACAGCCGCCAUUACCGGACUGGCUCGGCUCCGACUCGGAGGAGUACUCCGGCUCCGAGAGCGAGACGGAAGAUAGCGACGACUCUGAUGAGGAACAGAGA